AUGAUCGCUAUUUUCGUUGUUCCCGCUAUUCUUUGCAGCGGCUUCUUCAUGGGAGGAGGUGUGUACGCGUACGUCGUUAAGCGAUCGGCCGCAUCACUCCUCGCCUCCGCCGCUAUCUCUGGCGCUUACGCCGGUUGCACCUAUGUCAUGUUGGCCAGGCCUUCUGCGUACAUUGGAUUCUGUCUGGCAACAACCACUUCCAUCCUGGCCCUCGGCUUGGGAUGCUACAAGCUGUUCGUCGAGCACCACUCAACGACGGCAAAGAGGAACGUGGCAGUUUCGAUCUAUAGCACGGGACUAGCUUCAACAUGCUUUUACAUCGCUGUUUUGUUCGCCAAGAAAUUUCUGGUGCCUUCCGACGCGUUGUCGUUGAGAUUUGCGUAA